AUGGACCCUCGCCCGUCUUCCUAUGAGCCGUUUCGGCAUGGCCGAGACAAGUACGAUGCUGAUGGGCACAUGAACGCUGUCGCCGAUGACGAAACCCUUCUGAAGCAGGAAGACUACACACGCCAACCACAUGCUGUAGACCAGCCAUGUAGUAAGGGUAGCCAUCACCACAAGGAUCGCCCGCCUCGGGCUCGCUUCCAAGCUUCUCGUACCGUCUUCAGAGUCCUGUCGCUUGUCCUGACCAUCACAAUCCUUGGUAUCCAGGCCUACUCAUUGUAUUUGUGGCUCAAGACGCAACAUAUGACAGCAAAGAACAAGACGACUGGUUUUCAGACCAAGAUCUGGGCAGUUGUCGAUACACGGCCCACCUGGGUCAUGAUCGGUGUUGCUGUGGGUGCCGUGGGCAUCCACUUCAUAGCAUUUGGAAGUCUCUGUGGUUGUUGCCAGAGCGCGCGGAGUGGUGCAAUUUACAUCUGGAGCGUUUACCUAAGCUCUAGCUUGCUUCUUGCGGCGUGGAUUGCGGCUUUAGCGUACUUCAGGGCCAUUGACAGUAUGGGCGACAAGAAAACUAGCUGGGAUAUUUGGUCGUGGAGCUGCAACAAACGCUCUGCCAAAGGUGAUGCCGUGACAUGGAAUGCCCUCUGCGUCAAGAACGUACGUUCAAAUUCCAAAUCCGAUUUCAUUCUUAUACAGUUUCUGCGGAGAUAA